UGCGUGUGCGUGCGCGCGCGUGCAUGUGUAUGUAAGAAAAACAUAUUUACAAUGCGAGAGGAGUGGAGUUGUAUUUCACACCGUUACCGAAUUACUAAGUGCUGGAUUACGAACAAAACAAAACUGGAGUCGUUCAACGUUUCUCAACCGACUGAAUAAACCUAUCAACAAUGAACCUACAAUGACUACAGGAAACAGCUAUCAUGCAAACGCUAACAAUGAGUCUAUUUCUUGUUUUAUUCUUCUGUGCAAUGUGUGAAAGUAUAGGACAUGACAUUGUUCCAAAUGGAACAAUUUAUUUAGGUGAAAGUGUGACACUUUACAUUACAGUCCCGAACAUGAAGAGACCUGUGGUUUGGAAAAGCCUUAACUACAAAUAUGAGUGCGAUAGAACAUGCGCGGACGGUGUUGACUAUAAAGUUACUCAAACAGGCAAUAUAUCUACGCUCUGGAUUCGAAAUGUAUCUUGGAAGUUUUCUACAUGGAUAUUUUAUGAUGACAAUUUGCAUUAUGCACAAAUUAAUUUGGACAUAAAUGUGAAACCGAAAAUUGAAAUCAAACAGACAAGCUGCGAAUACAAAGUAAUGGCACUUUGUUCCUUACCUCCAACACACAUAGAAUGUCUAUAUGAUAAGAAACAUUUGAAAUUUACAGAUACAGUUAAAAGCAACUGUUCUGAUGGGAAAACCAUUAGCAAUGUCGGUACGUUAAAAUUUAGCAAGUUUUCCGGAAAUGUGAAUUGCAGUUUUACUUUAGCCAAGAUAUUCAGUGAAUACCGAAUGUUGCAAAUUGAAUGUGAAGGUCCUGACCCAUGGAUUUGUCCUACCACUAUAGUCCUUCUGUGUGUGUCUGUUCUAUUCAUUAUAAUGACCAUAGCUGUUAUCAUUUGGUGCCAAAAAAAUGGAAAUGGUGAAGAUUCUGUCCCAAGGAUUUGUCUUACUGCCAUUGUCCUUCUCAGUGUGUCUGUUCUUCUAUUCAUUCUGAUGAUUAUAGUCAUUAUCUUUAAGUGCAUAAAAGGUAAAGAAUCUCUCUCUGGAAGUCAAACCCCUGCUAUUGUUCUUUUGGUCACUGUUUUAAUUUCAUUGAUCAUAGCUGGUUUCUGUCUGCUCAAGAACAUAAUACAUUUGAAAAUUCAGAAGACUGGAAAUGAGAAGAAGAGAUUGAUAAGGAAAUGAAAUCAUUUCGAAAGGAAAGGAAGAUUGAAGUCAUAUGAGCAACUUGUUGAAUGGACCGAUUGCAUCAGCUUCAAAUAUUCUGCUAGAGCCCACAGUGCAGUUUUCAUCAACACGCAUCAACAACGCAGUGUAGUUGUAUCCCUCCUGUUUCUGACAGUCGGUUCUUUUCCCAAAUAAAGACUUAUCAACUGUAUAUAUAUAUUCAUGAAUAUAUACAUAUGUAUUCUUAUUAGAAAUAAUUUUUUCUCUCUUUUUGGAUCUCCCCAAAAGUUUGAAUUAUUCUUUUUGAACUCAUCUUUUCCUACAUAUGUAUAUAUAUAUAUAUAUAUAUAUAUAUACAUACAGGCGGAAUUUAUAUAAUCUGUGAACAAAUAUUUUCCUUUUCUAUAUAUUUCUAUGCCUUUCCUUUCUAAAAAAAAUCAUGUUCAGUAAUAAAAAUUAAAAUUUUAUAAACUAUAAAAAUUAUGAAAAUUGAAAUUGAAAUAAAAGCAAUAAUAGAGACUUUAAA